AUGAUUGCUGAUCCAUUAAAUCGUAAAUUAUCUUUUGUUGGUGCAUUUUUUGCAUUUGUUGGUGUUAUACUUGGUGUUGUUGCAUUAGCUACUAACUAUUGGACUGUAGAUAAUAUGGUUACACCAGGUACAGCUAUGUCAACAGGGAAUGGAACAAUACUUAUGAGGGAAAAUACUGAAUGGAAAUGGAAUGGUCUUUUCUAUAUGUGUGCAACUCGUGCCAAUAAUGAAUGCGAAUCAAAUUUUAUGCCAAUAGUAUUUAUUCUUUGCCUAUUAGGUUUAAUAUUUUUAUUAGUUGGUGGAAUAUUUCUUUGUUGGGAUAUGUUUAAAAUUAGUAAUCGAAGAUUUAUUAUUCCAAUGUUAAUGUUUAUGGCUUGUGUAUUAAUGACAGCUGGUCUUUUUGAAUAUGGAUCAAUGGCACGUUUAAAUUCUCAUUCAUCUCGUACAAUGAUUGCUGCUAUUGUUUUUGCAUAUUCAGCAUUACCUAUUGCAGCUUUUAUUGCUGGACGAUAUUCAGUUUUUGAUCGAUUUGUUACUAAUGGACAUGUUGCAAAUGGACAAAAAUAUGUCGCAACAUCUAAUGGAAAUUAA